AUGCAUGGAGGGGAGAGAGUAGGUUCAAAUCAAGAAAGCACAGAGGGUGAAGAAAGGAUUAGAUUAAAACUAAGGCAGACACUCCUGGGGAAGGUACAAAAUAACGCAUCUCGCACAGUGUCGGCACUAGAGCAGCAGCGGUACGCCAUAACUAGCUUCAUUUUCUGUGCUGUACAACACUCACACUCUCACACGCCUCAGGAACCCAAGUGGAAGCAGUCAUACCCGUUGGGAGCUAAUAGCGCGUUCUCAGUGUACGGAGAAGUUGAUAUCACUGUAGUGAAGGCAACUAUAUCAGCACGUUUCCCGUUAAAUCUGCUAUCAGUACACCCCAACAAGAGGGCACCGUGCCAUUACAUUCCAUUGCACGAAAGUGCUGAAAAAAGGUACACUCAGUUCGCGGGAUCAUCACGAAGCAGACCAACACAUGCUUCUCCGGAGCCACCAGAAGGCAUCAUGCGGCACGAAGUGAAGCUCACUGACCUCGGAUUGCCCCGUGUUGUGCCUUGA